AAUAAUAAAAAAAAACAAUUUCAUUCAUUAAAUAAAUUAAUAAAUAAAAUCAACGUAAUAAUUUAUUAUUAUUUUCUUAUGAUUACCAUAUUAUGAAUGAACACACGAUAAAAUGACUCUAUCGUAUCACGAUGGCGCUGAUUGAGUAUCAAUUUCAUUACACAUAAAUAAAUAACAAAUCUACGCAUACUCACACGUUAAUACACUCAACAAAUAUAUAUUUACUUAUAUAUAUACAUACAUACAUCUAAACACAUACAUUAUAGCAGCUAUCAGGUGAAAAUGAUGACGUUUGACACCGCAUCGACACAAAUUGUACACAAGCGCCUUAAUCACCCUACUUUAUCUAACUCUAUACUACAGUUAAAUAUCAAUAACCAUAAUACAAACAUACAUAAAUAAAUAUACUUAAAAAUAAUAAAAUAAAAAAAUAAACAAUAAACAAAUUAAUCCCAUAAUUUAAAUAAUAAAUUUGUGACAGUGAUCUAGUCAUCAAUAAAAUUCAAAUAAUAAUAAAAUUUUAAAUUUAAUUUUAUCAAAUCUACUUACUAAUAAUUACAUAUAAUACUGUAGACAUUACAUACAUUCAUCCAUCAUCCAUACAUGUAUAUACGUAUGUAUAUAUAUAUAUAUAGUUUUUGACAAGUACGCGCGUAUAUUUCGCGGCCGUUCUUUCUCGGUCUCAAAAGCUUCUCCCGAACCCUGGCGGAUUUAACCGAUUGUAUUAAAACGCAUUUAUCUACAUGUAUAUAAAAAUAAAUAGGUAUAAGCAUGUGUUUACAUAUGUAUAUAUAACAAAUCGACGAGUCCAGUAGCUUUAUCACUUAGUGGUAGUAUUAUACUAAAUAUACAUGUACUUCGUAUAUAUUUAAUUUUAAAAUAGUGGUGGUUGGCGGUAGUAAUGGUAGUGGCGGCGAUGGUUUGUCGUCGUUUAUUGUUGUAGUGUCGGUGGUACUGCUAAUACUAUAAUAAUAAUAAUAAUAAUAAAAGUUUAAUAAAAUAUAUAAAAAUAUAUAUAUCUAUAAUAUAUAUAAUAACAAGAAGUGCAACUAUCAGAUAUACUACACUAAUAAAAAAAAACUACACUACAUAACUCAGAUAUAGUAUUAAAGAUAUAUUAUAUAUAUGUAUAUAUAGAUAUAUGUAUAUAUGUAUGUAUAAAAAAAGAGUGUAGUAAGUGUGUAGUAUGUACUGUAAGUAAAGUGAGUUGGUUGGUUAGUUAACAUACUACAAGUUAAGACUUAGCGGUGUAUGCGCGCCUUCUUAAUUCUUCUUUACCUUGGUGUUGUUAUAUUUAACGUAAAUUGUGUGUUGUGCAAAGGUUAAGAUAAAUUAUAUAUGAAUAUAUCUAUAUAAGUGUAUAUAUAGAUGGAUAAUGAUAAUUAUAAUUUAUUGGUAAUAAUAAAAAUAAAAGAUAAAUAUUACUUGUAAUGAGGAAAAAAAAGUGAUUUAGUAGGAAGGUGGUGUGAAAUUAUAAAACAUGAAGAUGUUUAUUAUUGAGCGUUGAAGAAUUAACCCGAGGGCGGCUAAAAAACAUGGGAAGAUCGAAGUUUCCAGGCAAGCCGCCGAAAACGGUAACCAGAAAACGAAUCAAGGUUCUCGGGCGGCCAGAAACAACUCAAAGUGAUUCCGUAACCGUUGCUGAAAACAUUUACUAUGGACUUUCACUGUUCAAUGAAACAUUUGGCGAUAAUGAGAAAGAACGUCGUCCAUUCCAUGGUUUUAGCAGUAAAGAAGCUAAAUUAUCAGUAUCAUAUAUAAAAACAACAAAGCAAGAUACCGAUAAUGACAAAAAAGUAAAUAAACAAUUAAAUUCAAAUGAUAAAAUAAAAACAAACGAAUCAUCAACAGAAAAUUUAUUAUUAAAACCAUUGGAAAAUGAUAAUAAUCAAUUAAAAAACAACGAUCACAAUAAUAGUAAUUUAUCGGAAAGUACAAGUAAUAAUAAUAUUGUUAAAGAAACGGUAAAUGUUAAUAAAAAUAUUAAUAAUGAUGAUGAAAAAAAAUUAAAGAGUGGCAAUAAAUCAAAAGUUGGUAAAGGGGUUGUUAAAUUUAAACGUGUUGUACGUACACCGAUACUGAAAGCCGUUAAUAAUAUAUUGGAUCGUCAUCAACGCACACGACAGCUCCGUAAUAGUACAGCAAAACGUUUACUACAAAGGGCUAAGUACAACAUUUCGUCGAAUAAUCGUAACAUUACAAUUCAGUCUAGUGAUAAAUCUAAUGCUAUUAAAAAAUUCGUCCUUCCAAUGCGCAGUGCACAUUCAUCGCGUGUUAUCAAGCCAAAUAAAAGAUUUAUUGAGGAAUUAGAACAGAGUCCUAGCAAUGAUAAUGACGAUGGCAAACAGUCGAAGAAAGCCAAGGCGUCGAAUAAAAAUAAUCGUAAUGUUAAAUCUAAAUUGAAGCAAUAUAAAAAUAAUUCAAACUCAUCGAAAUCAUUAAAAAAUUAUAAAUCUGUGAAAGGUAAGGAAGACACUAGAUUUAAAAGAAAUGGAAGUCAGGUAAAAAAAUCGGGUUUAAUGAGUAAAACAAAAGUAAAACAUAAAAUAAAUGAUAAUAUUAAUUCGACAUCAAUAAAUAAAUCAUCAGAAUCAAGUUCUAAUGAAUCAUUACUUUUAAAAGUUCUUCCUAAUUUGAAUACUCCAAAUGUUGAGUCUUCCAGAGUUAAAACACGAUUGAGGAUACCCAGUGAAACUGCUAUUGAUUCUGAUAAUUUAUUAUCAGUAAAUAAUGAAAAUAGUAUACGAGAUAAUAAAAAAAUUGAUUUCAUUAAUUCAAUUAUUUCAUCAUCAUCCUCAUCUUCUGAUGACAACAAUGAUUGUAUGGAGGAUACUGUUAGUAAUUAUGAUAUUGCCAGUGAAAAUCCACUUGAUGCAUUUGAAUCUGACAGUUCAUUAUCAGAAAGUACAAGUGAGAGUAAUCACAACAGUGAAGAUGAACAGUCCGAGUGGACGGGUAUGAAAUUAGACGGUGGCAAAGUGAUAUUACGUAAAGCGAGAUUAAAGCUUGAGAAUAAAAAUCCAGGAGGUACUGAAGGUCCAUUUUCAGUUACAAAUAUCCAACAUCAGCACCAUCAUCAGCAACAUCACCAACAUAGUCAUAGUAGUAGUAAUAAUAUUAGUAAUAAUAAUAGUAAUAACAAUGGAAGUAUUAAUUCAAGUUUAACUGGUACAGUUAAAUGUGGAGUAUGUGGUGCAGUACGUUUUUAUCGUUUUGUUAAGCAAGCACGUAAAUUUGGUAUCUACAGUUGUGAAUCGUGUCGUAAAUUUAUCAGUAAGAUAAUAAAGCAUCAAGCUUGCGCUAAGUCUACCAAUACGUCACUUCCUGUAUUGCAGUGUCACAAAGGUGAUGGUCUGUGUUUAGUGCCUCCAGUUGUACGCAGUCAACAGUGGAAUUUAAUGAGAUGUGCUUAUAAAGCGCGUUGUCCAGCUUGUUGGCUUAAAAUGUGUCUGAAAUGCUACAAUAUACCUACGUCUAUUAAAGCAGGAUUGAAUACUUUACUUCCGCCUUUACUCAGAGAUCCUUUGAUGUCAUUGGGGUCCAUUAAUCAGGACAGCAAUGAAGUAAUUUGUGGUCAAAAAAAUGUUUCAACUAAAAUAAAUUGGCCAGCUGAAGACAGUUUGGAAAAAAAUCUAUUCAAGUCAGCAAUAAGUUGGACAGGAAUACAGGAGAGGAAGGUUGGGUAUCAAAGUGGUCAAGGAUUAUUGACAAAUAAAUUUAACAAAGUUGAUUAUCCGAUAUCUAUGUCAUUGAGUAAAAAAAGAAAAAAAGAUACGAGGAUAAAGAUACGUAAGAAAAUAAAAAGUCCACUUGUAUUGUCACCCCCGUCAGCCUGCUCGUCGCCUACUGUCGGCCAGUCUACUCAGUCACUUCGACAGAGGGUUGAUCUCAAAGGCCCACGGGUUAAACAUGUCUGCCGUAGUGCUAGUGUUGCACUUGGUCAGCCAAUAGCGACUUUUCCUUCAGCAGAUGAAAAAGAUGAGUCUGAUGUCAGUAGCAAGAGUCUGGUGAGCGCUAAAAUUAAGGACGAAGAAAAAAGGCCAGAUACCAGGGAAAAAGUAUCGAAAAGUAAUCGAGAAAAUAAUGCCAAUUCGACAAAUAAUAGUAUCGUACAAAUGUCUUAUGUCAAAAAAAAUAAAAUCCAAUCAAAUAAUUUGGUGUCGAGUAAUCACAGCGUACGUGCACUUGCUAAGUUGACAAAAAAUAAAAUUCAUGAAAUAUCUAUCGAUUUUUGGGAGCAGUAUGACCCAACGGAAGUUGGUGCUAAAGGUUUUGCUCUGAUAGCAUCGGAAAUUUUUCCUAUUCCAGCUAUUUGUUUUCUUUGCGGUAGUGCUGGAAAAGAAUCUUUAAUUCACUGUCAGUGUUGUUGCGAACCCUACCAUGCAUUCUGUCUUGAACCCAGCGAGUGGAAUGCCUGCGUCCAACCAGACUGGUGCUGUCCACGCUGUACAAUCUGUCAAACAUGCUCUCUAAGAACCGGGCCAAAAUUAUCGUGUAUACGUUGCCGCCAAUCUUUUCAUCAUUCGUGUCUAUCAAAGUCGGGUGUCAAUGCCAGACUGUACAGCCCAGAUCGGCCUUAUAUCUGUCAAAAUUGCGUUAAAUGUAAAAGCUGCGGUAGCGAAGGUGUCAAUGUUUACGUUGGUAAUUUACCUCUAUGUUCAAUGUGUUUUAAAUUACGUCAACGCGGGAAUUAUUGUCCGCUAUGUCAGCGUUGUUACAACGAAAAUGAUUUCAAUACUAAAAUGAUGGAAUGUAACGAGUGUUCAUGUUGGGUCCAUGCCCAGUGUGAAGGUUUGUCCGAUGAAUUUUAUCAAGUACUAAGUUAUUUACCAGAUUCAAUUGAAUUUACAUGCAGUCAAUGUUCACCAAAUCAAAAUUCAACCUCAUGGCGCAGUGCCAUUGACAAAGAAUUAAAAUCUGGUUUUGUUGCUGUGCUAAAAUCAUUGAGUAAAAAUCGUAAGGUCUGUAAUGCCCUCAAUUGGAGUCCAAGAAAAGAGUGCCUGUGUAAGCCAAUUGUCAGUGUAAGAAAAUUAUUAGAUUUUUCUGACGCUGAUAAUAACACUAGUAAGCUUAAUAAUUAUAAAGAAUUAACAGUAACUGAUAAUAAUGAGUCUGAAGAUAAUAAUUAUGAUAAAUAUUCAAACAAUGGUGAUAAUAAAAUUGAUCCUCUAAGUCGGUUUGAUUUUGAAGUUGACGAACAACAGCAACAGCAACAAGAAGUUCCACGCAGAGGUUUAAGAAAACUCAAACAGAAAUUCCAUCUUAAAGAAUGCUCUGUACGGGUUAAAAAUUGUAUUGUCAAAGAUGGUAAUGAUUCUAGUAGCAAUAGUGAGUCUAAUAAUCAUCAGUCAUUAAAUACAAACUAUAAUUCAAGUACGACACGUGAGUGUAUGUGUUUAGAUGAAAAUAUUUUAAUGAAACCAUCGCCAAGUCUUAUGUCCGUAAAACGUAAAGUAAAUAACAACGAAUAUCAAUCUCUUUUUCAAUUUCACUGUGAUAUGGACCAUGUUGUUAAUAGAGCUGGUAAACAAGAUCUCACAAUACUUUAUCAUAGAUCUCUACAGGAAAUAUUUCCAUGGUUUGAUCCCAAUCAAGCUAAAGUUAAUUCUUAUGACGAUGAAUUGUCAUCUUCUUCAACUGACAUUGAUGGUGAUGGUGAUUCAUCGGUAUCUAAAUUAAAUGAUUCUAUUUUAGAAACGUGGAAAGAGGAAGUUGUCAAAGCAUCAAAAGCUAUCACUAUGAGAACGGGAAAUAUUUACAGUGAAGUUCAGUUGGAAGACACGAGACUCUGUGCUCUUUGCAAAGCUACAGGAGAUGGUAAAGAAAAUCGUGAAGGCCGACUGCUGUAUUGUGGACAGAAUGAAUGGGUCCAUGCUAAUUGCGCUCUCUGGUCUAAUGAAGUAUUUGAGGAGAUUGACGGGUCAUUGCAAAAUGUCCACAGCGCUAUUUCACGUGGACGUAUGAUCAGAUGCGGCGAGUGCGGCAAAAAAGGUGCAAGUGUUGGCUGCUGUGCUAAAAAUUGCGGCAAUACGUUUCAUUAUCCAUGUGCAAGAAAUGCUGGGCUGGGAUUAAAUGAUGACAAGACAAUUUAUUGCUCAUUACAUUUAUCAAAUUGUAUUAACAAAAAUCAAAAUGAUGAAGAUAAUUUUAGUUUAAAGAGGCUUGUUUACGUUGAGAUUGAGAGAAAGAAGAAAAAAUUCGUUGAACCUGAUAAAGUUAAAGUGAUGAUUGGCUCUCUUAUGGUCGACUGUUUGGGUACGAUCGUUCCUGAAUUUUCCGAUACUGCAGACAAAUUAAUACCCACUAAUUACAAGUGCUCGAGGCUCUAUUGGUCCACUAAAAACCCUAUGAAAAUCGUCAGGUAUUAUAUACGUACAUAUAUAAAAACAUGUACGACAGAUAUUAAUUUAGACUUGGAUCACAAUGUGACGAUAGAUCAUUCGAAAGAACAAGAGGCUGAAGAACGUCAAAAAAUAGAUAAUUUAAUAGUCAAGCAAACACUUGAUUCAUUAAUUGAUUCUGUUUAUAAUCGUGAGAUGGAUGACAAUCUUGCUGAACAAAAUAAUACUGAUCUAUUGCCACCGGAAAUAACAGAUGUAAUUUUUAAAGAUUUGCCCCACGAUCUCUUGGAUGGAAUCUCAAUGCAAGAUAUUUUUCCUAAGAUGUCUUAUGAAGAUUUUUUAGCAAUGGAUCUAAGAAAUGAUGGUAUAUUUGGUAACGAUAUACUUAAAGAUGAAAUGUUGUCUUCAGAUGUUGAUGAUGAGAUGAUUAAAUUGUCUGGUGAUAAUAAAUUAACCAAAGAUUCUCCCUGUAUCUCAGAUAUAGCUGAGCAAAAUGACAUAUGGUUACAUCUUGAAGCUAAAAGCAGCGUUCAAGAAUUUAUGGAUGAUUUAUUAAAUUCUAAAUCACAAAAAUUUGGUGGUAAAGAAUUAAAACGUUCUAAAUCAGAAGUUAUUGGUGGUAAUGCAUUGGUAGUUGGUAAUCAAAGACGACAUCAUCAGAGAUCUUGUAGUUUAACUUGGAGUUGUAAAUUAGAUGGUACUUAUGGACCAACAGUUAAACGAAGAAAAUUAUCACGACCAUCAACAGCAAUAACCGGUGAAGUUAACAGUUUUGUCGUUGAUUCUGCCGAAAAAAAUUCAAUGUUUCAUGAAUUACGUAUACCUGAAAGUAUUAUGGUUACUGUCGGGCGAACGACAUCUCCUACAAUAAACGAAUCAGUAAGAGAAUUUAAAUAUUGCAUUGAAGAUCCAGGAAUAAAUCGACGUAUGAUGCCUACAAGAGAAGACAACAAAGAUCACAAACGCCUGCUUUGGCACACAAGACAACAACCGCUAAUGCUUCAAGUUGACGGCCCAGCAGAUCCAAGUAGUGCAAGUGAAUGCAGUUCCCCAGAGUAUGACGUUGAAGAAAAAUUAAAUUCCGACGGUUAUAAAAUAAUUGUCAAUGAACAAGACAAUUUAUCGGACACUGAUUCCGAGGAGAGUCUUAAAAUACCACAGCUGGAUGGCGCAGAUGACAUUUCAAGUGAUGACGAGAGUCACAGCAAUCCAAUGGAUACCAUAAUAUAUGUUCCUCAUACUAUUGAAGAUGGUCCAGUAACUUGUAAACGUUGUCAGUGCACUUACCGAACCCAUGACAGCUACAACAGGCACUUGUCUAACUGUGAUAUUGUAACGACAAGUGACAGCGACUCGGAGACGAUUGAUCACAAAUGCGGGCCUUCAUCGUCCACCUUUUUUGAUGAUUCAUUUUCGCCGCAAUUUGUCACACUGUCAUCACCAUCACAAGGCCGCACAUUGUCAACAGAUUAUCCAGAUAUACAGGCAACCUCACCACUUGAAGCUUCAGUACCGUCACCACACACUGGUCUGCAAAUAGAACCAAUAGCCCAGGCUCUAAUUACACCACAAAUUCACAGUCAUGAGACAGUGGAGACUCUUCAUCAGACAGUAUUGACAUCUAAUGAAGUUAUAGUUCAAACUCAGUAUACAAGAACAACUACAACAUUACCCAAUUCAUCAGCAACAGUAUUACCUCAGGAUAGCAGUAUAAAAAUAAUUGAAAUAACAGAUUCGCCGACACAUGAACAGACAUCACCAAGUAUUACAUUGUCGGCAAAUGAUAGUAAUCAUCAUCAAGCUGUUGUCAGUCCUUAUGUAUCACAGACUAUUCAAUCUGUUGAUACUCCGGUGGUAAUUAGAGAUAUUGACGAAACUCAUAUCAAUCAACAACAGCAAAAUCAUACAAUUAUCUGUAAUAACAAAGUAUUAAAACCAAAACCGCGAGUUGUUAAAGCUAAAACAAAAAUGAUAAAACCUCAGUAUGUUAAAAAUACAAUAAGUCAGCAGCAUCAUCUUGAGCCGAUACGUUAUCAGACAAUUCAUCAAAAUACAUCGCCGAUGGUUCAUUUACAGCAGGCACCAAGAGCCGCAGCACCAACAGUUAUUCUCCAGCAAGUACCGUCUUCAGGAAUAAUGUCAGCUUAUGUUGAUACACUUCAGCAACAGUCUGAUCAAAAUUUACAAUACAUCACAACAAUUGGAGGUCAAGAAGCAGCAUACAAGCCCCAAUUUAUAUCAACAAAUCAACUCGUACCUGGUGCAUAUAUUCAUGCAGCUUCUGAUAAUCUUCUAGCACUUUCCAAUGGCGGUAUUUCUGUCUUACCAAGUGUACAAAUUGGACAGCCUCAGCCAACUGUUUUAGGAACGAUAAUUCAACAGCAACCAAAUGCUAUUCAAUGCGGAGUUAUAUCAUCAGAACAAUUAGUUUUAAGUUCAACUCCUACUUUAGAAAUGUUUACUGAUUCUACUGGCAGUAUGUUUGUCUCUAGCCAGCCAAUGUAUUACGGACUAGAGACAAUCGUCAGUAAUACAGUCAUGUCAUCAAGUCAAUUUGUUGCGGGUGCAGUGCCACAAGUAUUAGCCAGCAGUUAUCAAACAACCACUCAAGUAUUUCAAGCAUCAAAAUUAAUGGAACCAAUUGUCGAUGUACAGACAAUACCAAGUGUAUCAACAGUUCAAGCAGUUCAAGGAAUUUCCAGUGUUCCUGUACAAACUGUACCAGCACAAAAUCAAAAUGUACCGACAGUCCAAUCAAUCCAAAGUAUACCAACUGUACCUAAUAUUCAUGGUAGUUACGUUGUUAUGAAUCCACAAGCUACUGAUAAUUCAAUACCAACAGCACUUAAUAAUCAUACGUCUGUAAAUAUUACACCAGCACCAUCAACUGAUCAAAACUUUGAUGGCUUAUCAAGUUCUAUUAUCAGCACGGAACCUGUAACAGCUAAAUUACGACUUCAGGAACCAGAAAUUGUUAAUUCGGUAGCACCUUAUAUAGACAUGUCUUCAAGAUCAAUGUCAACAGCAGUAUCAGUAUCAGUAUCAGCGCCAGUAGCAGCACCAGCACCACGGGCAAUUCAAAAUCAUCAAAGUAUACCGCGUAUUGCCGUGCGUCCAAGUCCAGUAUCACAACAAGCCGUCACGCAGCCCAAUUACAGCCAGUGGAAAUUUAUUUCUGAACCAAUCUAUAACGUGGAACAGCACACUGUCAGUAGUAGCACGAGACCGUAUCUUGACUCAAAACACGUGUCUGAAAAUACUAGUAUGAUAAAGUCAAGUUUAUCAUCAAAAGUAUCGCCACUAUCAAAUCACUGCGUCACGCAGCGUGAUAUUAUUAAAAAAUUAAAUAGUUGUGAUGUUAUUAAUAACGUUAAUGAUAUUUAUGUUAAUGGAUUGUCAAGUAAUUAUGCUAGUUCAAUAACUUCAACACAAACUGGACUUAAUAUCAAUAAUAUCAGUAAUAACACCAGCAAUAAUUACAAUAAAAUAAUAACAAGUGUGGCACCAACGAGACCGAUGAAUCGAGUCCUGCCGAUGCAAGCUGUUGUACCUAAACCUGAAACGAUAAAACCGGAUAUUAGUGACAUCGAAGAACCAACGAAAGAAAUUAAAUUUACAAUUGAAUCUGAGCCUAUUGAAUCAUUAGAUAAAUCGACCAUUGAUUUAACUGAUACUUUAGAUAAAAAUUUUGCAGAUAAGUUUUUUAGUGACAAGCCGCUUAUUGCUGAUGACAAUUUAAUAGACGAUGAAAUUUUAUUUAAUGACAAAUUGUAUGAUGAUAAAAAAUGCGAAGAAAUAAUCGAUAGUAAAAUAAUUGAAGAAAAAUUAAUUGAAGAUAAAAAUAUUAUUGAAGAUGUUAAAGUUUUUGAAGGUAAAAAUGAACAAAAAAUCAUUAUUGAUGAUAAUGAUGAUAAUGAUGAUGAUGAUGACGAUGACACUGAUGAUGAGUAUGAUGAAAAAGAAGAGUCUGAUAGUGAAGAAAAAGUAAAAGUUGAUGAUGAUCAUAGAGAUAAAUUAAAAAAUGCCUCAUUAAAAAUAGUAUUACAAAAACAAUUACAAGAUGGUUCUUAUAAAAUAACGCACAAUAUUAAAACAAAAACACCAACAUCAACAACAACAGCAGCUCCAGUUCCUGCUCCAGCUCCAGCUCCUGCUGCUGUUGCUGUUGCAACUAAAAAUCCACCUAAAAUAACAUCUGUUGAAAUAUUGCCGUCAAAACAAACUCCUCAUAUUGGGUCAUUGCAAUUAUUGCCAAUUAAAAAAUUUACACUGAAGGCCAACAAAGUAGAAGAAAUCCCACGUAUUAUUAUUGACAGUAAUAAAGAAAAAGAUUCAAUUACUAAUUUAUCAAAACCAAAAUUAUCUGCAACUUCUGUUAAGACGUCAAGAUUUUUAUCAAAAUCAAAAGUUGAUCCACUUACUAAUAAUAUUAUUAAUAAUAAUAAUACCAUAAAUAAUCUGAGUACUCCGAAAAAAAAUGAACCGAAAUUAAUGUACGAAAUAAAGUCACAAGAUGGUUUUACGCAUACGGCGUCAUCAAUGUCUGAGGUCUGGGACUCAGUAUUUCAGGCGGUACAAGCGGCGCGAAAGACGCACAAUUUGCCACCACUUACACACAAUCCGUUAACAGAAAAUUUAGGCUUAGACAACAAUGCGACGGUUUAUUUGGUCGAACAGUUAGCUGGUGUUAACAGAUGUACUAAAUAUAAACCUAGAUAUCAUAACUUAAAACCACCGAAAUCAUUUGACAGUGACAUUUUGUCUGGAUCUGAGUAUGGAUCAGCACGAGCUGAACCAUUUAAAGAUCGUAAAGUUCAUGAUAUGUUUAGUUGGCUGGCAUCACGACAUCGUAAACAACCGAAAAUUUUAGCGGUCUCGGAAAUGGACGUCAGACGAGCUGCUAGUACUAAUUUACCGAUGGCUAUGAGAUUUAGAAUGCUCAAAGAAACUUCUAAAGAAUCUGUUGGUGUUUACCAUUCUCACAUACAUGGCAGAGGAUUGUUUUGUUUGAGAGAUAUCGAAGCUGGGGAAAUGGUUAUCGAGUAUGCUGGCGAGGUAAUACGCGCAUCAUUGACUGACAAACGUGAAAAAUAUUAUGACAGUAAACAUAUUGGUUGCUAUAUGUUUAAAAUAGAUGAUCAUUUAGUUGUCGACGCAACAAUGAAAGGAAAUGCCGCGAGAUUUAUAAAUCAUUCUUGUGAGCCCAACUGUUAUUCAAAAGUCGUUGAUAUACUUGGUAAGAAACAUAUAUUAAUAUUUGCCUUGAGACGUAUUACUCAAGGAGAAGAGUUAACAUACGACUACAAAUUUCCAUUUGAGGAAAUUAAGAUACCUUGUACUUGUGGCUCACGAAAAUGUCGUAAAUACCUCAAUUAAAAUUAUCGUUAAGUAGACAAGUGAAAAAAAAAAAACAAAAAAAAAAAAAAAAAAAAAAAAAAACUUAACGUAUUAUCAAACAACGUCUCGAGCAAUAGCGAGCAAUUAAAAAGUAGCUUUUAACGAUUCGACGGUUCAAAAUAAUUAAAAUAACCUCGAUAAGUAUAUAUUUAAAAAUAUUAUUUAAAUACACAACUACAAUUCGUCCUACUAAAAUAAUUAUUUGGUUAAUUUGUUAAUAGAUCGCAGCUUUUAUUUUAUUAUAAUUAUUAAAUAGAUAGUAUACUAAGAAGUAUAUACAUAUAUAAUUAUUAUCACAGCGAUAUUAAAUUUUCAUUUAUAAUUUUUACAUACGUAUUAGAUUUAUAAUAAUAAUUAUAAGCAUAAUUGCUUCUUUUGAUGCUCUCGAUUUUAUUAUAUUCGCCAUUGCGUGAUAAAUAAUUCAUUUAUUUUGUAUUACUAUUAUUACUAUUACUACUAAAUAGCAUUACAUACUGGGGCUUUUCUUACGCAUACAUUUAUAUGAAUAUAUAUAUCUAUGAUUGAUUAAUAAUCCGGUUAAUGCUUUACAUUUAAUGAAUCACGAUUAGUGCUGUACUGCAUUAGUGAUAAUUAUUUUUUUCCUUUCAUAUAAUCAUGACAUGUUUAGUAUAUACUUUUUUUACUUUUACUAUAUUUAAUUCACUUGCUAAAAUAUCUGUAGUACCCAAUGCAGUCAAUGAUCCCAUUAAUUAUUAGGAUUUUUAAUCGUAUCUAUUACUUUAGACUUCCGAUAAUUAUUAAAAUAAAAAGAAAGAAAAAAUAAAAAAAAAAAAGUUUAUCUUUUAAAUAAUAUUUAAGUAAAAUUAUAAUAUUAAUAGUAAUGACAAUUGAUUUAAAUAAUGUGGGAUAUAUCCAGAUAAUAAGAGUGUACAGUGUAUUUUAUUAUUGAUACUAGUUUUAUAUUUUAUUUUUCAUGCCUGCUAUUAGCCAGAGCUAAUAGAAUUAUUUUUAUUGUAAAAUAUGUAAUAACUUUAUACUUUUUUUUUUUUAUAUAAUUUAAAUUACGUCUUUAUAAAAAAUAAGUAUUGCUUAUACAAGAAAUACAAUAAUCAGAGAAAAAAUAUGAGAGAGAUGAAUGAAAAAAAAAAUUUUAGGCGGGAGAAAAUAAAAUUUGGUUUUAUAAACUACUUUGGCAGACAUUGAUUAAGAAUAUUAAUAAUUAAAUUCAAUCAGAUGACAAAAAAAAAUAGGGAGAAAGCAAUAUUCGCCUUUCUUAUAUAAAUAUAUAUUAAGAUAUAACGCAUUAAAUUUGCAAUAUAAUUAACAAAAAAAAAGAAUCUGUGUAGAGAAUAUUACAGCGCGAGGUAAAGUGGGCAUUUUAAUACUUUACUUUUUUUAUAUACUUUUUCUUCGCUUAAUUGAUAAAUAAUUGAUCUUUUAUUAUUUUAAAGUAUUACGCAUUAUUGUGCUUCCACUUUAGUCAUGUAUUAUUAUGGUUUUAUUUUUUUUUUUAUUGACCCGAAAAUCAUGUGCUUUUAUUUAACCGUAAAUCAUUAGCUCUUAUAAAUACAGAUUUAUUUAAAAAAAUAUCUAUUUAUAUAUAGAUAUAUAAAUAUAUAUACUUCAAUCGUCCGUUCCUUCAAUUGUAAUGAAAUCAAUAUUAUUUUUAAAGUAAAUACUUGUAAUUACAGUUGAAACAAAUAUGUUUCAUUACAUACAAUAAAUUUCCAUGGGGAAAUAAAUUGUAAUCGCGAUUUGCCUUAAAUUCGUAGUUAAGUCUACGCUUUAACACGGUGAUGAUAGAUUUUAGGAAUAAUAAUAAACGUAAAA